CUCCUGCCAGACAGUUGAAUUGUUAAUUCUCUCGCCUUGUGGCCCUGUGACGUGUCAGGAGACGGAGUAACAUUUGUGCUCUCGCGGCUCCUCAUAUACGAGAGGACAUUUGGCUUCACUGUGUUGUUACAUUUCUUGGAUCACUAUAUAUUCUUCAAGAGUUAAAGUUACCAAGAUCAGUUACUAAAGAUGGGCGUGGCAGCACCUGGAUGGGUGCAUUUGGGCGUGUGGGCGUGCGUACUGGCGCUGCUUCCCGUCCCUAACACUGAUGCCUUUGGUAUUCCCAAAUUUCUUGAGUUCGGAGACUGCGCCAGCCUAACCGUCGAUCCGGAAUUUAAUUUUGAGAGGUACUCCGGGAUUUGGUUCAAUAUUGAAAAUGUGCCGAACGAGUACAGUGAUGUCGCUGCGUGCUCGAUGACCAACUACACAUGGACAGGUGAGCUGAUGACGGUGGUGGAGCGAGGCGUGGACCUUGACGGGAGGAAAGUGCGUCAGAAUUCUGUGAUGCGACCCACAGAGGGUGAGCCCGGAGUGCUCACAGUAGACGCCGAAGGUGUACCCAGCGCCCCCUAUGUCGUGGUGGGGACAGACUACGACAACUACGCCUGCGUGCACUCCUGUAUGUCUUUCAUGGGGUUCCGCGCCGCCUUCUCCUGGGUCUUCACCAGGCUGCCCGACCCAGAAAGUCUGUACCUGGAGCUGUGUCGCGACCUGCUGGCCGAGAAGGGCGUCGACCCCAGCGCCAUGAAGCCCAUCAAGCAGGGCAAGGACUGUCCUUAUGUUGAUAAGUUGGAUUCCGUCCUUGCCUACAGCAAAGAAGUUCAAAGCAGGGCUAAAGCAAAAUCCCUGCAGAAGAGCAAAAAUAAAUUUGUCGAAGUUUCAGAGCAGGAGAGUGGAGAGAAAGAGCCCAGCACACGGGUGGACACGACGACCAACAUCUCCUCUGUAACACGCACUACAGAAACACUCACGCCGAAGGAAGAGACGGUAUGUUUGACCUGAU